ACCAGAGAGCUCGUAGAGAUGUCGAUGGUGAUUGCGAACGCUGCCACCUUUCUCGUCUUGGUCCUCUUUUCUCUGCGAGCUCCCACAGUUCUCAGCAUCAACAUCACCCAAGUUCUCGGCCUCUUCCCGGACUACACCAACUUGAACAUGCUGCUGCUUCAAACCGGCGUUGCCAACGAGAUCAACCAGCGUUCCUCCCUCACCAUUCUCGCCGCCGAGGACUCCGUGCUUGAUCCCAUCCUGGAUCAGCUCGCGCAGUCCGUCACCGGCCAGCAGAUAGCUGACAUCCUCCGCUACCACGUCCUGCUCGAGUACGAAGGAAUCAACGACCUCCGGAGCCUCCCCAACAAGAGUAAGCUUUUCACCACCCUCUUCCAGACCACCGGAAGAGCCUCCAACAAUGCUGGCUUCGUGAACAUCACGGACGAUCCCAACGGGGGCGUCUCGGUUGGCUGGCCCAGCUCCUCCACGGUCUUCAGCUCGGAGAUCCUCGGCACUGUCAAGGAGCUCCCGUUCAAUGUUAGUGUCGUUGACGUAAGCCGGGUUCUCGUACCGUAUGGACUCCUUCCACCUUCGCUCAUGCCGCUGUUUCUCGCUCCAUCACCACCACCAGCUGAAUCGCCAUCACCGUCGGGAGGACCACCAGGACCUUCUUCUUCGCCUUCUCCAAGUUCUUGGAUAAGUCCCUCGACGUCGCAGCAAGGAGGUAGCCCAGACAAUGGCAAUCCAGCCACAAGCUCCGCAGUAGCACCAUCAGCCCUUUGGAAUGUCCUUUCAGAAGUUGCUUUUCUACUUGUUCUUCUGAUCGUUUGAUGUAGAUGACUUUCGUUCUAUCCUCAAAAAUAACAGGAACUUCGAUC